AUGAUUCGACGUUUAUCAACUAAAAGAUUUUAUCAUUCAUUGAGAAUAUUAGGUAUUGAAACGAGUUGUGAUGAUACAGCAGCAGCUGUUGUUAAUAGUGAACGAACUAUUCUAAGUCAAGCAUGUCGAAGUCAAUUGAAAUAUCAUCAACCAUGGGGUGGUAUUGUGCCAAGUAUUGCAAAAAAUCAUCAUUAUGAAAAUUUAGUACCAGUUGUAGCUGAAGCUAUGAAAGAUAUUGAAUGGAAUGUAAGUCAUUCAAAAUAUCAAAAUCGAUUUUUGAAACAAGAAUAUAAGAUGCUUUUAUAG